AGUGAAUAUCGGAACACGGCCUGUAUAGUUCAAUGGCUGUUUGUUAUCUAGUUAUAUGCAAGGUGCGAUUGAAUCGAAGAUUCGUGCACGAGGUAACCUGCACAUUAGAUAAAUGAGUCAUCUGUGACGAAAUAAAAUUAUGAUUCGUGGUAUGUAUGUACAUGCAUACAUAUAUAGUAUAUACGAGGAAGGGGUAAAGAAGAAAGAGAGAGAGAGAGAGAGAGAGAGAAAGUCGACAGCGACCAGUGAGAGGACAGACGCCAGGCCGGCCAGGCGCCAGGACGCGUCAUUGGAUUGGCACUGCGCGCUGCGCGCGCCACGUUAAGAGACAUUUCGGGUUUCGGAUUUCGGGGCGGGGGCGAGGGCGAAAGGCGAGACGCAAACCGUUCCGCUUUGCCGUCAACGUCAACCGUCAAGAUCCGCAAAGAUCCUUUUCGCUUUUCGUCUCUCGAUGUCUCGAUUCGCGUGACUCGGACGGGACUCGAUGAAUACCGGGAGGAGAGAUAAUAGUACGAUAAUAGCGCGAUUCGCCAGAGUGUCGAGAUAAAAAAGUGUCAAUGCCACAAACUAGCGCGGGGAAAAGUGAGAGUGUGACCGGCAAAGGUAAAGGUAAAGAUAAAGAUAAAGAUAAAGCAUCGAGUGGCUACGCGUCGUCUCGUACAUCUCGUACAUCUCGUACCUCUCGUACUCGGUGCAAGAUCAAGCCGAUCGACGAUGCUCGGCUCGUAUGUCGUAGACUCGGCGCUUGUUCCAAGCGCCCCGUUCGCUCGACGGAAAUCUCACUUCGUGCAAGAGCGAAGCCGCCGCUUCACGGACGGAUCGAGCAGUUGACGCGAAUGACGCGCAUGACGCGCUUGGACGGCUCGGACGGCUCGGACUCGGACGAUUGUCGCGGUUCGAGGUGGAGGUUAUCUAGAGGCUGCUAGAGCGAAUUAGAGCGAGAGAUAAAGGGCAGCGACGCGUCGGACGGCCCGGUUAAAGGUUGUGAAUGCGUUUCAACAAGAGAGUACGCUGCCGCCGUCGUCGUCGUCGCCGCCGUCGUCGUCGUCGUCGUCGUCGUCGCGGUCGCAGUCGCCGUUGCAGUUGCAGCUGCCCCUGCCCCUGCCCCGAGGAAACGAUAACAAUGACCGAUGAGUAGGUAGCGUAGCGUCGAGUCGAGUCGAGUCGAGCGCGUGCCGCAAACAGACCGAUCAGCGAUCAGCGCGAUGAUGCCCGAGUACAACGAUGACGCCCGGAUGUUGGGUACGUCCGCACGCGAGCAGCGAAAACGGAGCGGAGAAGAAAGAUAGAAAAAGAAAAAGAAAAAGAAAAAGGAAAAGAAAAGUCGUAAGUGCCGAGUAGUAGGCGCCGGUUCGCGCGUGAGGCGUGAGGCGUGUCAGGUGCGUCGGGCGCGCCGGCACGCUACAUCUGGCUAGAUCGCGCGGUGCGGCCUAAAGGCCUAAAGAGGCCUUCGCUCGCCCCUUGCCCCUUUGACCUUUGCCCUUUGCCCUUUGCCCUUGCCCGUCCCUCGCCCUUUGCUUCGCUUCUGGAAAAUGAACUUCAUGUUAUAUACUCUUUACGGCUUCGCGAUAUUCUUUAUGAUAUUCUGGUCAGGCAUGUGGGUCGUGCACGUGCUGGCGUUGAUCGCCGGCCGCUGGAAACUUCAUCGGAAGAUGAAUCAAGCACCGAGUUACGAAACGCCGUUACCGGGGGUUUCCAUCAUAAAGCCCUUGAUGGGAGUCGAUCCGAAUCUCUUCGGCAAUCUCGAGACCUUCUUCACGAUGGAAUAUCCCCGAUACGAGCUUCUAUUUUGCGUGGAGGACGACUCUGAUCCCGUGCUGAUGCUGGUGCGCAAACUCAUGGAGAAAUAUCCAGAAACCGACGCCAGACUCUUUGUCGGUGGUUGCAACGUGGGGGUAAAUCCCAAGAUCAACAAUAUGCAGCCGGCGUACGAAUCCGCCAAGUACGAGCUCGUUCUCAUCAGCGAUAGCGGUAUACGUAUGAAGGAGGACACUCUGCUGGAUAUGGUGAAUCAUAUGACGGAUAAAGUGGCCCUGGUCCAUCAGAUGCCGUUCACCUGCGAUCGCGAGGGUUUCGCCGCCGCGUACGAGAAAAUCUUCUUCGGUACGGUACAAUCCCGGAUGUACCUGGCCGCGGACUUGCUUAGGAUAAACUGCCAUACCGGCAUGUCGGCUCUACUGAGGAAAUGCAUUCUCGACGAUGUCGGUGGUCUGAAAUCGUUCGGCAUCUACCUCGCCGAAGACUUUUUCUACGCCAAGUCGUUGACCGAUCGCGGCUGGCACAUCACAGUCUCCUCGCAACCGGCGUUACAAAACAGCGGUCAUUGCGAGGUCACGUCCUUCCAAGCGAGACUACGACGAUGGGCCAAGCUGCGGGUGGCGAUGCUACCCACCACCAUCGUUUUCGAGCCGCUCAGCGAAUGCCUCAUCCUGGGCGGCUUCGCUUCAUGGGCGGCUAGCGUGCUGUUUGAGUGGGAUUCUCUAGUUUUCUAUCUAGUGCACAUACUUUUGUGGUUCAUGUUCGACUGGACGCUACUAUGCGUCGUGCAAAACGGUCCGUUGCCCUUCAAUAAACUCGAGUUUGUGUGCGGUUGGUGGCUCAGCGAGAUUACAAGACCGUAUCUUUUCCUUCAGGCUGUUUUGGAUCCUCUCAUACAAUGGCGCUCGCGCGUUUAUAAGCUCAAAUGGGGCGGCGUCGCUGAAGAAGUUAAGACGAAAGUCAAAUAUUAAAAAUUCUACACUCUGUAUGCGUAAAUGCAUGCAUGCGCGCGCGCGCGCGUGUGUGUGUGUGUGUGUCAAAUUAAACAGAGAAGCAGAGGCAACGCUCCCCCCUUAUUAACUAAUAAAUUCUCGUAUUAAGUAUAAUUCCAAUCACAUCGCGGCUUUUAGUUUAUCUUUCUUUGAGAAAAAAAAAAAAAAACUGAUGGAUUUUUAAUUUAUAACCGAUCAAGGAUCGAAACAAAAACUUUUGCAAACUUGAGCUAAAAAUAAUUAACACAGCGCCUUUGUCUCAUUUAAAACGAAAUUGAUUACAUUUUUAUUUGCGACUUAAUUGCCAAAAUGUAUUGAUAGCUUGAAUGUAGAAAUUCAAUGGGUUCCGAACAAAUAAAAUUGUCAUAAUAUAAUAUAUGCGAAAUAAUUCGGAUGCCUCGCUUACGCAUACGUUAAUAUGAUUAUUGUUAUACGCGUUUCAGAACUCAUCGCGCGAAUCGAUCCAGCGGGUCCAACUUUACGAGAGGGGAAUUGGUUCUUCUUUUCAUAUAUAAUACAAAAUGUCAAGAAAUAUAUGUCAGACAAAUCGCGUAUAGAUUCUGUCUCAUUAUUAAAUUUUGUCAAAGAUGAUGUGUAAAUUCAAAAGUAUAUUCUAGAAAAAAGAUGGCACAAGUUAUAUUAAAUGUAAGUUAUUACAUUAAAUGUAAAAAAAUAGAGUCGAAAACUUUAUUUGCGCAAGGAGACACAAAGUUAGCCGAAUCGAUUUGUACGCGUAUUAUUUCCAUCGAAUCACGGUAUGCUCAACUCAAAUACGGUAUGCAAUGUGUGGUUCUUUUUCGUUGUAAAGAUAUUUAUUUGUAAUAUAGUUUUUAUAGAUACGUAAAAAAAAGUAUACGUAAACUAGUAUACUAUACGUAACUAGUCGCGAUUUUUAAAUGUACAGGGGCCAUAUCCUUGAAAAAUAUCGCAUACGAUAUUUGUCAUUGCGCAGUUAUUUUCCGAUACGUUUUAGCAGCGCAAUGACAAAUAUCGUAUGCGAUAUUUUUCAAGAAUAUGGCCCCUGGUCGGCGAUAUCGUUCCUUUUUCGCGACGAUAUCGCACGGCAUUUGUCUUUCCACAUGCGUUGCAUUCUGUAUUAAUUCAAAUGUAUCGAGAUUGGUGCGCGCGAAUAUAUAUAUAUAUUAUAGUUAAAAAUAUUAGAAAGAUAAAUAAAUAUCGCCAGAUACGAAGUCUGGAGGAGCGUGGUUUUUCGAAGGUUUUUAACAAUUGGGAAUAGCAAAUCGAGGAUAAAUAUUCUCGCACACACAACCCGGCUGUAUAAACUUAAAUUUGAAUUUAUUGUGUGAAUGUGUUCCGUGUACGUAUGUAUGAUGUAUGUAUGUAUGGAUGUGUGUAAAUAUAUAUAAGACUAAUGUAUACAUAGACACAUGUAUUUUUGUCGCGCAUCUAUUUAUUUCUCACGUUUCUGCAGUCUUGCAAAAUGCAAAAUUAUUAGUGACCUAGAAACUUGGUAAAGUCUCUCGCGUGAAGUAUAUAUGUAUACGAUAAUAAGGUUACGUAAUACAUUCGUUACUGCUGAUUUAUUAAAACUGUACUCACGCUGUACUUAACGUUAGAUACACAUAUAUUUGUAUAUAGUAAAACAUCAAUUAUCUGGGCACCGAUAAUCCAAAUAUUGAUUCCUUCGACGAUCGACGCUCGCGUACGUCGCGUUCGUACGCGUAUGUAUAUGUGUGUAAACAGAAAUUCUUUUAAUUUACAUUAAAAUCGUUGAUACGAUUUUUUUUUUAUAACGUUUACACCUUUACACGUUUGCAUUGCUUUGUUUAAUACAACAUUUUUCUUUCUUCCUUCUCUUCUUUUUUAUUUGGAAAAUUUUUAUUUGGUUUGCGGAUAAUCUCGAUAACAGAUCUUUUUUCAUCAUUGUCUCUCUCAGCUUAUCCCGAUAAUCGAUGUUUUUUUUUUUUUUUAUACUUUUGUCGCAAUUAUUUGGUUUGUGGAAACGAGCCUUCCAUAGUGCGCUUGCAACAUUCGCUUGAAACUCGAACGCACACUUAGAACGAUAUAUAAGGCCCCGAUUUAAUCUCCCGAAUUUAUAAACGAGUAACUAUUAUUGGAAUCCCGUAAACGUUAGGCUCUCUCUGUACACGUUAUUACGAAACUUUCAAAUAAAGCAGAAGCAAUAAGUAUUACAU